UGAGGCUGGAGUGGAGACAACAAGUGUAGCCGUGAUCCAGGUGAGGCUUGUCAACACUCACAGCUUGCCUCCUUAAGGCGGCGACACACGACCUUGCUGGAUGAUGCCCUGGCCCAUGAUGACCUGUGCCAGUGCGUCCAGCUGAGAACACCAUGGCUGAGGGCAGUGGUAACAGGUACCCUGGGCAGGCCCCAGGUUACUACACCGGGGGCUACCCAGUGCUUCCCUCGGGUCAGCCUCCUUCACUACCCAUGCAGAUGUUUCCUUCUCCUACAACUCAUACAGGAAUGUUCAUGUCACAGUUUGCACGGGAUAUGCAGUACAAUCAGUACCCAGGCCACAGUACCCAGUAUCCAAGCCACAACAGUACUCAGUAUCAUGGUCACAGUGCGCAGUAUUCCAUCCAUGGCAACCACUUUCCUGAUAACUCAAACAUCCAGACCAACAGACAUUAUGAACCCAGUCCUCAGUACUUUGGUAAUAGUCAUUACUCUGGUAAUGUACCUUUUCAGGACCGGACUAAUAUGCAAAGCCAGGCAAAGUACAUGACACCCACUAGUCCAAUUGCUUCAGUGUCAUUUGACAAUAGCUAUUCAAGACCUAAUGCCAAUGUUAUAUCACAUCCUCACACUACAGAACAGCACAAUGAAAGCAGAGGAGGACAUAGCCAAAGUAGAUUCAGUGGAAGAUCUGGCCAGAAUGUAAAUGCAGGCAUGAACUAUAGUCAUUUCACUGCAGAUCCGGAAGUAUCAGUGGCACACAGUGGAAGCAAUGUUACCAAGGAUGCUCAGUAUACAGGAAGAAGGGAAAACCAUGAAGUGGCAGUUGAAGCAUCACCAGGUUCUGUAAAUAAUACAGCUGUCAAAAGUGCCACUGCUCCAACAAGUUCCUUAAAUAAAAGUGCCAGUGAAAGUGGAGUGUUUAGUGGCCCAAGUGACAAUGGGGGGGCUCGAUCUAAAGGCAUGGUAAGGGGACGCGGAGGAAGAGGUAAGCGUGGUGGCAGAAAAGGUAGCUACGUCUCUGAGAGGCCAGGACAGCAGAAUUCUAAUGGAUAUAGUUGGUAUGAUAGUCAAGAAAAUCGAGCAGAGGAACAUAAGCGAGAGAGAGACAAUGCCUUAGCAGAAACGGCAGCCUUCAUGAAGAACCUCAGCAUUAAGAAAGAUAAUUCAAGUCCUCAGCAUGACAUCACAGGUGACAGAAGGAACAGGGGACGAGGGAAGUAUGACAGGGGAGGAGGAGGAGGAGGAGGAAGUGGUGGGGGUAGAUACCAGAGGGAUUAUUGUAGUGAUGACAAGCAAGGCAAAGAGUGGGUCAACAGGCAAGUGAGAACAGAGGGUGAAAAAAAUUCCUAUGAAAUGCAGAAUAACUAUACUAAGUUAAACAACAACAGUCAAAGAAAAGUGCAACCAACUGAUAACCUACAAAGUGCUGAUGAAUGGAAGCCAUAUCCUAAUAGCAAGGACUCCACUAGGACUGCAGAAGGAAAUGAUAAUAAACAGAACACGGACUUCCUUAGUGAAAAUGAAAGAAUGACUGCAUCCACUAAGUCGGGAGGAAAUGCAAGGCCUGCCAGAGGUCGUGCUCAGGGAAAGCAAGAAAGGAAACUAUGGGACAGUAGACAUGCUGGUAAUUCUCCAACCAACACUAAUUCUGGGAACAAGAGCCACUUAUCUCCAGAUAGCAGAUCCAAGGAGGAAAACAGCACUGCACCACCUGGAGGAAUGAGUGGCAAAGAAGAUGAGGAGAGCCAGCGUGACCGUCUCUCGGACCAGCUAACAAAAGGGACAUAUGAGUGCAUGGUGUGUUGUGACCGCAUCAAGCAACAGCAUGCCAUAUGGUCCUGUUUGGCAUGCUUCAAUUGCUUCCAUUUGGGGUGCAUCAGGAAAUGGGCUAAGAGUUCAACUGGAGAUGGUGGCUGGAGGUGUCCUGCCUGUCAAGGAUCAACUCCUAAGGUUCCUAAUGCUUAUAUGUGCUUCUGUGGGAAAAUGAGAGAACCAGAAUGGAAUCGGAGAGACCUGCCACACUCUUGUGGAGAAAUGUGCGGACGGAGACGCAAGAUUGAAUGGUGCAUACACAAGUGUACCCUUCUUUGUCAUCCAGGUCCUUGUCCACCUUGCACAGCUUAUAUUAGAAGGUCAUGUGCUUGUGGAGCACAAACACAGGAUGUGAAGUGCAGCCAAACUGAGCCAUUUGUGUGCGGUGGGGUGUGUGGCCAGGCUCUUCAGUGUAAAGGGCACAAUUGCCAGAAGCUUUGUCAUGAAGGGCCUUGUGGAGACUGUGAGGAGAAAAUCUGUCAGACAUGUCAUUGUGGCAAAAAUGUUCAGAUGGUUGCUUGCACUGAAAGCACUUACGGAACUACAACGUAUUCGUGUGAGAACAAUUGUGGCCGCUUGCUGGACUGUGAGAACCAUCGCUGUGAAGCCAAGUGCCAUCCGAGUGAGUGCCAGCCUUGUGAGCUGGCAGUGCAAACCAUUACCCGUUGUCCAUGUGGUAAGGUUCCACUGGAAAAGCUGUAUGAACGAGAUGGAGCUAUUCAGCGAAGGUCCUGUUCAGAUCCAGUACCCACCUGCAGCCAACCCUGUCAGCGUGUCCUCAAGUGUGGUGUGCCAGGUUCUUUUCACGAAUGUCAGGCUCUGUGUCAUGAGGGUCCUUGUCCACCCUGUCCCUUGGAAACUCCAGUCAAGUGCCGGUGUGGUGCCAUGGACUGUAACGUUCCGUGUUCUGAGCUCACUACAAAAGCAGAUGAAGCUACUUGUAAAAAGCCAUGUAAGAAGCUACGUCGUUGUGGACGUCACAAGUGUAAUACCCGGUGCUGCAUAGAUCUGGAUCACUUAUGCACUCUGGUGUGUGGGAAACUUUUGAGUUGUGGCCUUCAUAAGUGUGAAGAGCCAUGUCAUCGGGGUAACUGUCCAAGAUGCUGGCAGACCAGUUUUGAGGAGCUGACCUGCCACUGUGGCGCUUCUGUGAUCUACCCACCAGUGCCUUGUGGAACCAAACCCCCUGCCUGUGACAAUCCUUGCAACAGGCCCCAGGAGUGCCCCCACACUGCCACUCAUCUGUGCCAUCCUGAUGAGCCUUGUCCACCUUGCACUAUGCUAGUUGACAAGCCUUGCUUUGGAAACCACAAGAUGAUGCGCCGAACUCUGUGUUACUUGAAUGCUGUAUCAUGUGGUGGAAUUUGUGGAUUUCCUCUCCCAUGUGGUCUUCACAAGUGUCAGCGAGUUUGUCAUGAGCAGCCUUGUGUACCUGAGGGUAUGCUGUGUACUCAGAAAUGCAGCAAACCUCGAGAAACAUGUGGACACCCUUGUGCCACACCCUGUCACAGUGGACUGUGUCCUGACACUCCUUGCAAGGAAAUGGUUCAGAUCUCAUGUGAGUGUGGUUUGAGAAAAGCAACACUGCAGUGUUCUGAAAAUGAUCGUGAGUAUCGAGCAUUGGCUACUUCCAUGUUGGCUUCUCAAAUGCAGAACAUGAACAAUGGCUGUACUGUGGACCUUUCAGAAAUAUUCACUGCAACAGCAAGGCCAGACAAGCUAAAGAGACUGCCAUGCAAUGAGGAUUGCCUAACAGAGCAGCGGAACCGCCGACUGGCUCUUGCUCUGCAGAUUGAAAAUCCAGAGGCCCGAGAAAAGCUGGGCAGCUCUUCCACACUUUAUUCUGAGUUCAUGAAGGAAGAGGCCCGCAAGGACCCUAAUUUGGCAAAAAUGGUUCAUAGUGCUCUGGAGGACCUGGUGCUGAGGUCCCGGGAGUCUAAACAGAAGAGUUGCAUUCAUUCCUUCCCCUCAAUGAACCGAGAAAAACGCCACUUCAUCCAUGAAUAUUGUGAACAUUUUGGAUGUCAGAGUGAAGCCUACGAUGAGGAACCAAACAAAAAUGUGGUUGCCACUGCUUAUCGUGGAAUGUGUUACCUGCCACCUAUCAGUGUGUUGACUGUGGUGCAGAGGGAACAGGGCCAGCGCAAGGUUCCAGCUCCAGUUUGGUCUCUCAAGUCUUCAGUCAGUGGCAAUGGUCAAGGCAUGCAGAAGCUAGAGAAAUUGGGUUCUGUGAAGAAAGAAGCCGAUUCAUCCACUACUAAGCCACCACCUAUAGAUUAUUUUGAUUUUGAAGACUAACACAGAGAUAUGAACAUGAACAUGAACAGUGGAGUGGCCUCUUGUGUUUUAUAUAUAUAUAUAUAUAUAUAUAUAUAUAUAUAUAUAUAUAUAUAUAUAUAUAUAUAUAUAUAUAUAUAUAUAUAUAUAUAUAUUGUGAGUGUGAGCAGAAAAAUGUGAUGACCACAUGUACUCUUGUUUGCACUUAGACUUGUUUUAGUGCUGGUAGGUUUUUGGAAAUUAAGAAAAGUGGGUUUGUUAAAUCAUGAUAUACUGAUAAGAAUGGAAAUCAGUUCAUACAAUAUUGUCAGUUUUCAUUGAAAUCUACUAGCAUUUGCUAUACCUAAGUUACAGAGCAAACAGUUGUGCAUAUAUUAUGUAGCCUUUUCUUUCAUAACUAAUGAUUUAUCAUCUUAUGUAAUUUUUAUGGUGAGACACAUGUAACAUUGAUUUGUUCUGAACUUUAUUUUGUCUUUGAUGUAGAAUUUGAAAACUUGAAUUGUUAAAGUGUUUUGAUGCUGGACUUAAAGUGAGGAUAGACAGCAAGGCUUUCUUUUGAAAACAAUUCUUUUUGCAGUGGAUACUACUAAAAAAUAAAAAAAAAAAUUUUUAACUAAUGAAGGACAGUGAGGUAUCAUCUGAUAUAGGUAAUGUCUGGCAAUGAAUUAUCACUUGGUAAGUAUGAAUUUUCAUGUUUUAAAUUUGAGAGAACAUUUACUGGGGAAGUUAUAAGUUCGUACUGGCCUUCUUUUGAAGAGUCUUUACCAUCCACCUUAAACUAGGUACAGACAUGGGUUGCUUGGCAGGUUCAGGCAUACAAAAGUUCUCAGUGUACUGAUAUGACUACCUUUGGAGAACAUAAUAGUAAGGCAAUCCUAAGGAGCAUGAUCAUCAAAAUCUGGUCGUAGAGCAAUCAGUGAUUCUGAUGAUUGCAUACAUUAUUGGCACCUGUUAAGCUCCUUACAUUUAUGUGUUGAUUUUAUUAACAUUUUAAAGUUUGAUGCAUAACAGCAUUAGUUUCUGAUGCUCCCUUCUCCAGUGUAGUAGACACCACUUGCCCAGGAGGUGUGUAGCAUAUAUUAUCUGUACAAAACCUUCAUCCAAGCAGGAGGACUGUGAUAUUUACUCCAAGCUGCAGCCUAAUGUAUCGCAUUAGAUAUUUUUCUUCUUAAAUGUUACCAGAUCUUUAUGGCAUAAGAUGUGGAAAGGAUCAGAAGUUUGUUAUUAAUCUGGCCAUAGAGAACUUUUCUACCUGCUACUCAGCAGGCAGUGAUGUGCCAGGUUCCUCAUAAAAGACUUUACACUUUGGGGGGAAAUAUAAUUUCACUGUCAUUGGAUUCCCUGCCUCAACUUUUCUGACAUGUAACUCCACCCAACAGAGAGAGCAGUUGAUGAUGUGCUUAUUAUUAGUUACUUUUUUUUUUGAGACAUUUCUAUAACAUUGCUAUGGUCAGCCCAGACACAGUAAGCAUCUAAUGUCAAGGCAUGCACCUACUAAUCAUUCUGUUUCAUACUGAGCACAGGUAUAACAAAACUUUCCUUAAUUGUCUAUUUAUAUCUUGUGUCAUUAUUUGCAAUAAUUAUAUAUCAUUGUAUUUGAAACUAUUAUAAGUAUCAUCACAAUUACAUAAUUACAAUGUG